AUGGCUUCGAAAUGCAGCCGAAUCAUCAACAGAACUUCCAUUUCAACUCUCGGAUUUGUCUUGAAGAAAACAAAUUCUCCUUCUUGCCUUCCCAGAACCUCCACGACGUCGUUUCCUAAACCAUCUCUGCCUUCAAAACCCGCCCCUUCAAUCUGGAGGUGUCGGGCAGUGCUAGGAUGCGUGGCGUCAAUGCUGCCUCUGCAUAGCGUCCAACGAUGCCGAUCCUACUGCAGUUGCUUGAGCUCAACACGAGGAGUUGCAGGGCUCUUUCUCAGGGCACAUGAGUUUCCAAAUGCUUGA